CACUCUCUCCGACGGCUCACGGUAGAUUUUGGGUAAGGCGCUUUGGUUACCGCUUUCAUAACUUGCGUUGCUAACGGUACACGAGCGCUUUUCAAUACAGAAAAGUAGACGCUGGGCCUGACAAGGUUUAGAUCGCGGUCAGUGAACGUAGGAAAAGCACGUAGGAAGCCGAAGCAAUAGAAAAAACCGCCUGGAAAGCUUUAAAGUGGUGCACGAUCUGGAACUGUUGUGCGGGAGUUGUGCAAACAGACGGACACUUGUGUAGCUGUAUCGAUCCUCUGGACGUGGCCGUAGAUCGGAUCGAGUCUGAUCGAUCACGCGGGAUCUGGAUUGACUCUCUGAAAAUUAACAGCAAGGAGCACUUUUUCUUCUUUUUGAAUUUAAAGAUUAUUAACUGCAAACGAAAUUACAGUGAAAGUGAUUAAGUGCCUUAAGGAUUUUUUCGUCCUACUGGAAAGCCUUCGUUCUACGGAUAUACUCCAGUUCCACAGCACAGACUGAACGACUAGAAGAUGCAGCUCUACAUCGGGGUUCACUUAAUCUGCGUCUUGGCGUUCUUCACCUCGAAGGCACUGGCGGAAGAUCCUCAGGAUACGAAACAAUCAGAACCAGCAUCGGACUCAGCUGAAGCUGAUCUUGAAGCAGCGGCCUCUUCCCAUGAAGAUGCCUUUGCUGAUGCCGUUGAUUCUGCUUUACACGCCGACAAACACAUCUCGUCAGAGCAUGAACAAAAGGAGGCUGGCCACAUUAUUGAGAAUCGUGUUCAGGCACCGUCACAGCUCCAGCAUCACUUCCCAUUAGGCUUCCCGUUCAAUGCGCAUGGUUUAAAUUACGCCCCAUCUAAUGUUAUCCACCAACAUGCUGCUCAGCCGCGCGAUAUCGGCCAGUCACAACAGUUCGUUCAGAUGCAGCACCAUGGCCCUCAGCCAUGGCCAGUAGAACAUGGGCAUCCUCAGCUGCCUCAUCAAGGCCUUCCUGGUCCCGUUUUCCACCCCCCCCAGCCACAGGUUGAUGUGCCUAACCAACCGGCUCCACAACAUGCAGUGGCGUUUCAACCUGACGACGGUCCUCAUCAGCUUGAGCCUACCGCCCACCAGGAGACGCCCCUGCACAAUGUCCAACAUGAAGGUUCACCUCACGUACACCAUGAGGAGCAUCAUGAAGAAGUUCACGACAACGCCGUAGCUCCCAUACCCGUAAAUCACCAGCCAGCCCAUAUCGACCCGGAAGAGGCGUGGCCCCUUUCACAGCCCGAUAUGCCAAAAAUUGUCCACCUUGAUGUGAAGUGUGAGAAAAACCUUAUGAAAGUAGUCGUCGAGUUUGACCGGCCAUUCAACGGACUCAUCUUCUCGAAGGGUCAUUACUCAUAUGGUUCAUGCGUACACCUGCCGGCCGGCAGCGGCAAGAAGUCGGUAUUCUUUGAUAUUUCGAUCAAUUCAUGUGGUACCGUAGGAAAUGCGCAAAACGGUUUGUACGGUCAGGAGGGCAACACUGCCACGGGUUCGUUCUUCGAGAACACUAUCAUUAUCCAAUACGACCCACAAGUACAGGAGGUAUGGGACCAGGCCCGCAAGCUACGUUGUACCUGGCACAACAACUACGAGAAGGCUGUUACUUUCCGUCCGUUCCCCGUCGAUAUGCUGGACGUAGUUCGUGCAGACUUUGCCGGAGAUAACGUCGGAUGUUGGAUGCAGAUCCAGGCUGGCAAGGGACCGUGGGCGUCAGAAGUAGCCGGUAUUGUCAAGAUCGGCCAGACGAUGACAAUGGUACUUGCUAUCAAAGAUGACGAAAACAAAUUCGAUAUGCUGGUAAGGAACUGCAUAGCUCAUGACGGACAACGGGCCCCGAUCGAACUAGUUGACUCGAAGGGAUGCGUCGCUCGGCCCAAGCUGAUGUCCCGCUUCACAAAGAUCAAGAACUUUGGUUCGUCUGCUACUGUGCUUUCGUACGCACAUUUCCAGGCCUUCAAAUUCCCGGACACAAUGGAAGUUCACUUCCAGUGCACCAUCCAGAUCUGCAGAUACCAGUGCCCGGAACAAUGUGCCCAGGAUGAUCAACACGCAGCCAGUGAUCGUCAAAUUACGUACUCGGCGACGCUGUCACGCCAGGAGCGUGACCUGGGACGUUUCCGUCGGGAAGUUGUUCUACCUGGAAAACGGGACGAUGGUGAGAAGGAUAUCGGCGUAUCAAAGGUGAUUCGUGUCUUGAGCGCCGGUGACGUGGAUUUCAACCUGGGCAAUUCGACUCAGGAACAUCCUCUAGAAUUCAACCAAGAGGAAUUGAGCUCGAUGGUCUGUAUGUCAAUAAUGGGCUUCGCAUCGGUUUUGCUGCUUCUUCUUAUCGUCCUCGUCGUCACAUGCAUUAUGUGUGCGUUUCUUUACAUUCGUCAUAAGCAAAACCAAUUGGGGCCGGCAUUUAAAAGCUACCCGCAUGAUCUGCCCGUUUUUACCAAGAAGACAAAGGAGCAGACGCAGUAGGACGUGGCCAUUAAUUUGAAUUGCAAUUUUCAUAUUACCGCGUCCCGCCUCGAUGAGAUCUACAACCACAACUACGCUGAUAAAUAUCGGUUGUCUUGACCAGCUAAUGUUUGUUACUCUGCACGAACGGCAUCUACACUUCGUAGUCGGCUGUUACUAUUAAUGUUGUACCUCAUCACAUCAUGGCGUCGUCAUAUAGGUAUCAUCUCAACAUGUGUUCCAAUUAAAGAACCAUGAUGAAGAUGAUGACUUUAAUGCUGAUGAGGAAUCUGAGUGUACAUCAUUAUAGAGCUGGCUUAAUGUUUUAGGAGCCGCGGCCAUAGUCAUCGAUACAACUCCUAGGUAUAAACUAAAUACUAAGUGCCGUUAUUGAAACUAACGAUAUUUAUUGCCAAGCCGGGGGGUGAGAACAUUGUAUUUAUCCCUGGCAGUGCGUAUGGACCUCUCUGCUGUAGACUAAUAAACUUAACUAUUCUACAUUCUCGUAUCACAGCCUCUAAUUCGAACAGAUUCACUCGCUUACCCGUAUAUAAAUUUUUCCAUCCUCUAGUCGAACCUCGACACCUCGUUUCAAUUCUGCACCUGUAUACAAACCGUUGACACAAUAUCGAUUUUUUCUUCAGGAAAGUGACAAUUACCUUUGGAAUUUCAAUCUUUUGUGACUCAGCACGUUCCAUAUGCGUUUCAUAAAUAUCCAACAAAGCUCGUCGCGUUGCUCGUUCUAUCCGCUAAUUAUAAGCUUCAUCUUUUCUAAGUAUAAUAAUGAUGGUAGUACUAUGAGUUUUGUCUGUUCCACGCUGGUCCACAACGUACGCGUGCCAAACCUCAACAGAAACAAUAAUUUGCGGCUUAAAAAGACACAGAAGAUCGUCCUAACACGCCGCCCAUAAGCACGAUACUUCAAGUAAAACAAGACGUUAAUUUGGUUUUGAAACAGACGCGAACUGCCACUUAGCUAUUGCCGUCGGGAGCCGUAGAACCUCAUAAAAAGACGGGGGCGCGCCCGCACCCGCCACUUGUAUAUACAUCAUUUUGUGUAGCGCGAAAACCCACAGUGUAUCUGCAUAGAGCGCUUACUUUUUAUGUGGCAUCUCACCAAGGUCAUUUGAGCACCUUAAAUUAUAAGUGCAAGGUUAUUUUGUCUUAGUAUAUAUAUAUAUAUAUAUAUAUAGAUAUAUAUAUGUAUAUAUAUA